AUGAUGCAACCAAGAUUUCAAUGGCGGCUUGUUUUCUUGGCGAUAUUUCUUCUUGUGUCAUCUAGAAAUGGACUUGUUGAUGCAUUUCAAACUGCAGGGAUACGCAAUGCUCUCACUAUACCACCACGGCAUGUGUCUGGGCAUCGGAUACCCCAAUUGAACAAUCAGCAGCAAAAUGAUGACGGCAACCGGAAGGAAGAUGACAAACCACACGAUAUCGAAGAAAGCAUCGACGACUUUCUUGACAAGCCAUUUUUCGAUCCCGAAGAAGUCACAGACGACGAUCCUGCACCUAUUCGAUGGUUUGCCAACCUGGUUCAGAAUGACUAUGGAACGGCAGAGCUCUUGUAUUCCGUCGUGAUAUUCGUCGUUCUUGUCAUUAUCUCCCAAGAAUUGCUGCGAAUGCAACUCUACGGCAGUGGGUAUGUACCCUUUCAAGCAGGUGUCAAACCAGGACAGUUGUUCUGA